AUGGAUAUGGUUUCUGAUUUAAGUAGUUCUUUUGAGACGGGACUAAGCGUCGACGAGAAAAAGUUGCUUCAUCUCCGUGCGCGCUCCGCAGGACUGACGUUUUGCGGGUGCGCGCACGCAGCUUUCGUCUGUGAGCUAGUCUACACAUUGACUCUCUCCGCUGCCAGAGACUCAGUGGCACCAGGAGCAGACUGUGACCUCCAUGUGGGGCUCCUUGGUCUGGGUCACCUGGGAAAACAGCUCCUCAUCUGCCUCCUCCGUCAGACCAGCAUCAAUCCAUCCCACAUUAAGAUUUCCACCAGAAAUCCAGAAACAGCAGGUAUAUGAUAAAAGGACGGUGUCCCGACAGGAGUGGAGUGUUUUUUUGACAACCGCAGGCUGGCUGUUUGGGCAGAUGUUCUGUUCCUCUGCUGUUUGCCUUCUCACCUCCCCAGAGUCUGCUCUGAUCUCAAAUCUCAUCUUUCAAAGUGCUGCCUGGUGUAUAGUUUCCCCUCAGCUGUGCCGGUCACCAGUUUAGCUGAACGUCUUGGGCACAGUUUUGUUCUCAAACCCAAGUAUGAGUUUGAAAGUUGUGACACUGCGGACGUGUGGCUGACCUGCUCUGAUCUGACCGCAGCUUUGUCAGAUCCCUCACUGAGAGAGGCGUCAUGUCCUCUUACUAUGAAAGAUGGCAUUACUUUGAGUUUGAACUGGGUCUGUGGAGUGAUGUACAGCCUGUUAAAUAUCUGCACUUCUUCCUGUUUGGGAUCCGGCGAGGCUCUUUCUCUAAUUAAUGGCGUAUUCAACAAAGACUGGAUUAACAACGAGCGAUUAGAGGCGCAGAGUUUCAUCAGCUCCUCUUGUGCAUCUGUUCUGUAUCCGGCUGAGCCUUUUCCCUGGAUUUCUCUCACUGAUGCCCAAACCAAGGAGACCCCACUGCUGUGCUUUGUGUCGAGCAGCAAACCUGUGCAACAGUGCAUCUAUGCAGCAUAUAAAUCAUUCCUACAGAGACCGAUAUGA